AUGGAUGCUCACCCCUCGGCUGCGAAUGCUACUGGAGCUUGGAGUUGCGACGGCAGCAUUGAUAAAGAAGGCCUCGUUCGUCGUGAAACACUUACCUCUCAGAGCCCUCAACCAUCUGGUCAACCGCCGACUGACUCUCAUAUCCAGUAUACACAAGACAAGUCAUUGAGGGCAGAUCCAACCAAGUACGGACAGGCCUACUCCGAGCGAAAUCCCCCCACGAAUAUUCAAGCAUUCCGCGAGCGGCAACAAACAAAACAAGAAGCGUCUAGCCGAUACUUUGAUUCGGACAAGGCGGAAGCCGAAAUAUCACAAGACCACCCUGAGGAUAAAGCACCGGAAGCGGACCAUGGCCCAAGGGCUGGUGAGACGGACGAUGUUCCAAUUGGGGCAGAGAAAUCGAAUGUCCUGUUUCACCCGACUCCAGAUGUGAACUUUGAUCGCGUUUUCGACUCCGUCGAGCAAGGUCUGAAGCAAGUGUCUUAUCUUGUAUUUGCGGCCAUCGUGGUACUCGAUUGGCUUUUUAUCGGCGGGGGAUUCAAAGGCUUUGUGAAGUCAGUCUUUCCGGCAGCUGGUGUGGCAAUAGCUGUUUACUUAAUUUUGCAAAUGGUCAGCCAGAAUGCGGCCGCGCGAAAGAUUGAGCGAGCACAACAUAAGACAGAGAAACUCAGAUACGUACCCGAGUCUGUGGAAUGGAUGAACAGUCUAGUGCAGACCCUAUGGGAAACCUUGCAGCAAGAAUUCUUUGACAACGUUGCGUCGCAGAUCAACGACACCAUCAAGUCAUAUAUUCCCGAGAGUGUUCCAGGUUCAGUCAAGAUUACUAGUCUUGGCCAUGGCAGCCACGCAGUCAGGGUUCUGUCGGUGAGAUCUCUUCCUGACUCUGAAUUUGGAAACUUGGUACCUUCGCACGGGCUGGAGAAAUCUGUAUCGCCCGACAGUGUCAAAGAACGGGAGAGGGCAAUUGAGAUGGAGGAGGGAGGGGUGUUUUACAACCUGGAAAUCUCCAUUGCAUACCAUCAACCCCCCUUUCAAACCCGAAAGGAUCACAUGCACGCCGACAUACUGGCAAUGCUGGGUCCUGUGCCUCUGCCAAUAUUUGUCCAAGUCAAGGAACUUUUUACCACAGUUCGAGUUCGGAUCCAGAUGCAUCCCGACUUGCCAUUCUUGAAGAAGGUGACGUUUUCCCUAACCGAGAGCCCAAAGAUGAGUGCGAGUAUAUCGAUUGGCGCAUAUUGGACCAUGGAUCUUUUGAGUCUGCCUGUUGUCGACUCUAUUCUUGCGUCACAGAUCAAUGCCGCCUCGGCUAAUUUUGUUCAGCCAAAAUCCAUGAGCUUGGAUAUGACUUCGAUUAUCGGUGGCUCGGACCAGAAAGAAGAGACUGACGCGAUUGGGGUCCUGGUGGUCAAGAUUCACCGAGCUCGCAACUUGGCUCGCCAGGACACGAGAGGGCCAGGAGCAGAUCCAUACUUGACUAUUGCCUUUAGCAAAUACGAGAAGCCCAUGUAUGCAUCGCGGAUCAUAAAAGGGGAUAGGAAUCCGGUAUGGGAGGAAUCAGCCAUCAUCAUGAUCCGUGCAGAACAUGUCAAGCGCAAAGAGAAUGUGCUACUGCGACUGUGGGACUCGGACACCAUGGGAUCGGAUGACGUCUCUGGCGUCUGUGAGUUCCCUUUGCAGGAGCUGAUUUUGGAUGAAAACAAGAUGCACUGGAGAGAGGAUCGCCUUCAGGGAGAGACGGCAGGCACUGAUGCCGAGGGGGUUCUCGAGUGGGAGAUUGGCUACUUCCCACGAGCACAGUUCAAAAAGCAACUCAGAACAGACGCUAUCGACCCACGGGACCGCCACGGCGAGAAGAAGCAAGUUGCCGCCGAGGAGCAGGCUCAAAAUGCCCAAAAUACCGUUCCCGACCCGGGUCUGCCGUCGGGAAUACUGGGCAUCACAAUCCAUCAGUGCAUCAACGUCGAGGUCGAUAACCCGAACAAGAGAUCCAUGGGCCACGUCAAGAUCCGGGGGCAAGACUCUGAUGGAGAUGACGAUGCCGAAGAAGAAACCGUCAAUAUUGAGUAUAUCCCAUCGCUCUAUGUCGCGGCGGACGUCAACGAUAAACUGGUAUACAGAACUCGGGUCAAAUCCAUCACCAACACUCCAGUUUUCAACUCAAAUACAGAGACAUACAUUCGGGAUUGGCGCAUGGCUACCUUGACUUUUUCUGUUUGGGACACGAGAAGGGCAUCAAACGACUGUCUCGUGGGUGUUGUGGGACUGACACUGUCAGAAAUAUUCCACAAAUCCUCGUCUGUAGUCAAAUUUUACGACCUGAAAGGCGGCGCAGGAACAGGCCGCAUCAGAGUCGGCAUGAUUUUCCGUUCCAUUGGGAUAAAGCUCCCGCAGUCACUCCUUGGCUAUGAAAUUGGCACAUUUGUCGUCACGUCACCAAUCAUCUGUCUCGGUGACGGUGUCAAUACCAGGAAGCUUACCUUGCGUACUAGCGGAUCACGGAGGGUAUGCAAAGGGGGGCAGAAGACAGAAAGCGGCUACACGUGGACGCUGGCGAAUGGACAGGCCUCACUUCCCGUUCACUACAGAUACAUGUCACCGCUCGUGUUGGAGUUUUCUGGUAUCUCGGAGGCGAUACCUAGUCCUCUGAGCAAAACAAUGAGCAAGAACAAGCAUUUUGCUCUUGUGUGGCUUUCUACACUGACUGAUAACGAAUCCCAGCAGUUUACGCUCCCCGUCUACAAGACAAAUAAUCCAGAUCGUCUUAUUCAGAAUGUUGUGUCCGAGUCUGACGACAGUAUGGAACUGAUAAAGGUUGGAGAAGUAAGGUUCUCAGGACGUUUCAAGGCUGGAUUAUACGAGAGUCACGAAGAGUUCCUUGGCAAGGGGAAAUGUAGCUAUGAUCAUUGGAGUUCCUAUCGUAGCUGGGUGGCCGCAAAGAAGAGCGGUACGUGA